AUGAGUUUCAAGGGGUUUCAAAAAAGCCUCUCGCGUGCCCCACAGCAGCUGAAAUUGAAGUUCAACAUCGGCGAGCACACGCAAGAUGCGGUCUAUAGCGAUGCGGAACGCCGAUUUCAAGAGCUCGAGAAGGAGACCAAGAAGCUGCACGAUGAGUCCGCGAAAUACUUCCAGGCCAUCAACGGCAUGUUGAACCACCAGAUCGAAUUCUCCAAAGCAAUCGCCGAGAUUUACAAGCCCAUUUCGGGCCGCGCCUCCGAUCCCAACUCGUUUGAAGAUGAAGGCAACCAUGAGGGCAUCAAAGCCUGCGAGGAAUAUGAGGCUAUCGUCAAGGAUCUGCAGGAGGCCCUGGCGCCGGAGCUGGAGAUGAUUGAGGCGCGCGUCAUCAGCCCCGCCGACCAGCUGCUGGAGGUGAUCAAGGUCAUCCGAAAGGUCGCCGUCAAACGUGACCACAAGAAACUUGACUACGACCGUCGCCGUGCCACACUGAAGAAGCUGGAGGAGAAGAAGGACAAGUCGAUCAAGGACGAAAAGGCUCUGUACAAGGCCGAGAACGAUGUUGAGCAGGCGACCCAGGAGUUCAAUUAUUACAACGAUCUGAUGAAGGAGGAGCUGCCGAAGCUCUUCACUCUCGAGGCCGAGUUCAUCCGCCCGCUCUUCCAGUCCUUUUACUACAUGCAGCUCAAUGUCUUUUACACUCUGCACGAGAAAAUGCAGGGCAUGCAAAUCAGCUACUUCAACCUCAACCUCGACGUGGAGGAGGCUUUUGAGCAGAAGCGAGGCAACGUACAGGAGCAGGCCGAGGCUUUGGCAAUCGUCCACUUCAAGACUAAGGGACUCGGUCGAUCCGGCUCUAAACUAGGCCCCAAGGGCCUCGAGGCCAAGGGCUCGAUAAACCGCGGGCGGUCCAGCUCUACCUCGACCGAUAAUCCCCCGCCCCCAUAUUCAUCAGCCGCCACUCCCAGUCCGACCGGCAGCUUCUCGUCGGCUGCCAAGUCCAAGCUUGCCCCUCCGCCUCCCAAGCCGAAGCCUUCCCACCUCAGCAAGCCAGUGGAGUGGGUCACCGCGUUGUACGAUUACGAGGCUCAAGCCCAUGGAGACCUUGGAUUCUCUGCGGGUGAUGUGAUCGAGAUCGUUCAUCGUACCGAAAGUCAGAACGAGUGGUGGACUGGGCGGAUUGAUGGCCGAGAAGGCCAAUUCCCUGCCAAUUAUGUGCAGUUGCAAUAA